ACCUUUACUGGGUGUGUACCAUGAAGGAGUGUACUCAUUCAGUUUGUAAAAGCGACAGGUAGCCCGCAUUAUUCUCUGUCGCGAGAAGGGUUCCAGACAUCUGGGAUGGAUUUGUUUCAUUUGAGGUCGCUUGUCAUUUUGCUGUCAGCAGUUGGAUGCUGCAACGGGCAGAGCGUACUCCCAGCAGGCCCGUUGCAGGGAGUACAGGGAAAGAACGUCACGUUCAAAACCCUCAUCAUGCCCACAGAUGUAGGCGACUUUAUCACAGUAUCUUGGAAUUUCAACGGAGGUAGUGGACUUGUACCUGUUGUCACUUCUGCGCCCAAAGGAGAGACAGUUGGCGCAGGCUACGCAGGAAGAGUGUCACUGAAUUCAUCCACCGGCGUAUUGAAGCUGGGACCCUUGACCGCGAAGGAUAGCGGGGACUAUGCGGUGACCAUGGUCACAAGUGCUGCAGUACAGCGCACAGGUGUAACCGCGCUCAAAGUUCUAGAACCGGUCGCUGUCGUGACCAUCAAGUCCAACCUGAAUGAAGCGGUCGAGUUCAACAGCACUGUGGUCUUGACCUGUUCGGCCAAAGGCUCCUUCCUCAUGUACAAGUGGCUCAACGGCACCGCCCCACUGGUCGCCGAUGGGAAUCAUGUGACUUUGAGUGCAAACGCAACAGUGCUAACCGUGGCUGGAGUGUUCAGGGAGGAUCUGGUCGGACCCAUCUACUGCACAGUCUCCAACAAAUUAGAGAGCGAUAGCAGUGCCCCCUUCAACCUCACUGUCAGCUAUGGGCCAGAAAACAUCGCCAUGGCAGUCACCCCCACGGCUGAGGUCCAAAAGAAGGGUUCCAACAUUACAUUGACCUGCUCAGCCCAGUCUAGCCCUGCGGCGGUGAUUCAGUGGCUUCACAAUGGAGUCCCGCUCAGUGUGAUGGGCCCCAAGCUGGUACUGGACAACGUUGCCGAGGCACAGAGUGGAAACUACUCCUGCAUGGCCAGCAAUGCCAAAACCUUGCGAUACCUGGAAUCCACCACAGCCAAGUUCACUGUAGUAGAGGCCCUAUCCGGCACUAAGAUCACAGGCCCCAAUGGAACGCUCGUUGCAGGUAACAGCACGGCCACCCUGAGCUGCCAGGCAAGUGCCGGCACCGCCGGCACCCGAGUGUGGCUGAAGAAUGGCGUGGCACUGUCUCCUAGCAACAGGGUCAUGGUCUCGGCAGACAAGAGCUCGGUCACGAUCAAGCCAGUGCAGAAGGAGGACAGUGGGGAGUACCAGUGCAAGCUGACCAAUGCUGUGAACACAGACUCUGCCAGUCUCAAGAUAGGGGUCAACUUUGGUCCUGAGGCUGUGUCGGUGAAGGGGGAUAGUGCCGUGGUGGUGAAAGACCGUGUCACGCUCAAGUGUACCUCAGUCUCCCUCCCUGCUGCCACCUACACCUGGAAGUUCAACGGGACGCGGACCGACGUGGUGACAGCCGAGUACAUCAUCGAAGCCGCCGUGUACAAGAACACUGGGAUUUACACCUGUGAAGCCAGCAACGCCGUCACCGGGUUGAGCACCGCCGUCGCCCACCAGCUGUCCGUCAAAGAAGAGGGAACACUGGAGAAUGGUCUGACGGGCGGGCAGAUCACCGGGAUCGUCAUCGGCGUGAUUAUCGCCCUAGGGGCCAUCAUCGGUGGAGUCCUCCACCUGAGACGGAGAAAAAGACAUCUCCAGUCGCCAUACUAGAAGAGUGCCCUGAGGAAAGCUGGAGCUAUCAGCCCAAAGAAUCAGCCAAUUAUUCCCCUCAAGAUCAAUCUCUGCAGUCGGGAAGACCACUCAGAUGGAAACCUCCCCCAGGUCUGUCCAGCCAUACAAGCUAUUCAUCACAAAGUCCAUAUAACCCCAGGGGUCACAACAUCACCCUCUCCAAAAACACUCACACAUCAGAAGACAUGGUCAUCUCUGUUGAAAAUGGUGGUGUCCUUGGGCUUGGAUUGGACCCGAAAGCACCAACACAUCUAUCCCAUCUAACAUCUAUCUGUCUGUAUGGACUUAUUUUCUUUCACGCACCUUCCCUCCUCUCCAGCCAUCCCAUUGGCUAAGGUAAACAGCUUCCAACAUUCCCUGAGAUGCUGACUCUUCCCUUUUUUUUUGCAAAACAGGAAUGUCAUUGCUUACAUCAAUUUCUCCACACAUUCCUUGGGAAAUGAAUCGCAUCAUAGACUUGAGCGAUGGUGAGAAACUGGAGGAGGAUCUAGUGGUGUAAUACACUGGAGUCCCACGGGACUGUAGGGCUUAGUCACUUGGUCCCUCCUCACUGAGCACACUCAUCAAGGCGAAUGGGCAAGUAUCGUCUGAAUCUUUCAAACACCUGACGGACACAGGUUCGUAAAUCUGACGUUGCCACAGACAGGUGUCUGCUUGAUCCCAAGGAUUGCUUCCCCACCCCCCCUUUUUCUUUUCCGUCUUUACCUCUACAAGAUCUGCUCGUAAGAACUUAAUGUGAAGACGGCGAUGACAAGAUCCAACACGCAGCAAAUAUUCAGGGGAGAAGAAAAAAAAAAAGGUAGGAAUGUUUUUGUGGGCAAA